UCUUUGAGCCUGGACUGACUAUAAAAAUGUGUAUUUUAUUGUCAAGCAGUAACCAGUAACGAUUCAAUCGUAGUCCAGUUAACAACUGAAUUAUAGUCAAUUAACUCCAAAGAAACCAACUAGCAACAUGAAGUUCGCCGUAUUCACCGUAGUCGUGCUUGCUUUGGUCUUCCGUGCCCAAUCUUCUGUCAUCCCUCUUGGAUUGGGUGGUAUUGGCCCAGUUCUUUCAGUCGCAGGACCUCUUGGACCUGUUGUUGUCCCCGGUGGAUCAGUUGCUGUUCAAGUCCCAAAUGCCCUCCCCAUUCAAGGUCUUCCAGCUGCCGUAACUGUUGCUCAAUCCCCAGUUCAAAUUCCAGUUGCCCUUCCAGCUCCAGUCGCAGUUGCAGCAGCUCCAGUUGUUGUUGGAGCUGAGGGAACUUAUGUUGCCAAGACCCGUGGUGCCGUUCACGUUGCUCCUCUCCCAGGACACCUUCAAUCUGCCGCAUCAGUCAAUCUUCAACCAGCUCCAGGAACUUUGUAAACAAAACAAUAUGAUUAUACGAAAAUGGAACUUCGGAUUCGAUCUUGAUGAAGCUUGAAACUAUCUCAGUUAUUAAUGUUUAAAUGGUGCCCCCUGUAUGCUUUUGUACUGCCUUUUUCUCUAGUUAAAAAAAAAAAUUUCCGAGGUAUUGUAGUAUUUUUUUUUUUUUGUAUUUUGCUUUGUUAAUAGUUCUUUAGUGCUCGUAAUGUAGUGUCUUUAGUUAAAUAAAUGCAACAUGGACUUCUAAAACAGUCAAACAAAA